UUUGCAGAAUCCAUGUGUACCUGGGGGUGGAGAAAGCGCCGGGCACAGCAGCAGGAACACCAUGAGCCUCAGUGAGGAACAGGUACGCAGCUUCCUGGAUGGGAACCCCACGUUUGCCCAUCAAUACUUUGGGAAGAAGCUGAACCCUGAAAAUGUGGCAGGGGCCUGUGAAGAUGGUUGGCUGGCAGACUGUGGCAGCCUGCGAGAGCUGUGCCAGGUGGAAGAGAGUGCAGCACUUUUUGAACUGGUGCAGGACAUGCAGGAGAGUGUCAAUAUGGAACGUGUGGUCUUCAAGAUCCUGCGGCGCCUCUGCACUAUCCUGCAUGCUGACCGCUGCAGCCUCUUUAUGUACCGCCAGCGCAAUGGCAUAGCUGAACUUGCUACGCGGCUCUUCAGCGUGCAGCCUGACAGCCUCCUGGAGGAUUGCCUGGUGCCCCCUGACUCUGAGAUCGUCUUCCCACUGGACAUUGGGAUUGUGGGCCAUGUGGCUCAGACCAAGAAGAUGAUAAACGUGCAGGAUGUGGCAGAGUGUCCCCACUUCAGCUCAUUCGCCGAUGAGCUCACCGACUAUGUGACAAAGAACAUUUUGUCCACACCAAUCAUGAAUGGCAAAGAUGUCGUGGCUGUGAUCAUGGCAGUGAAUAAACUGGAUGGCCCAUGCUUCACGAGUGAAGAUGAAGAUGUUUUCACGAAGUACCUGAAUUUUGCUACAUUAAACCUGAAGAUCUAUCACCUAAGCUACCUCCACAACUGUGAGACACGCAGAGGCCAGGUGCUCCUCUGGUCAGCCAAUAAGGUGUUUGAAGAGCUGACAGACAUCGAAAGACAGUUCCACAAGGCCUUCUAUACUGUCCGGGCUUAUCUAAACUGCGACCGGUACUCAGUGGGCCUCCUGGACAUGACCAAGGAGAAGGAGUUCUUUGAUGUGUGGCCUGUGCUGAUGGGAGAAGCACAGCCAUACUCAGGCCCACGAACACCUGAUGGCCGGGAAAUUGUCUUCUACAAAGUCAUCGAUUAUAUCCUCCACGGCAAAGAAGACAUCAAAGUCAUUCCCACUCCCCCGGCUGAUCACUGGGCCCUGGCCAGUGGCCUUCCAACCUACGUAGCAGAAAGUGGCUUUAUCUGUAACAUCAUGAAUGCUUCAGCUGAUGAAAUGUUCAACUUUCAGGAGGGGCCCCUGGAUGAUUCAGGAUGGGUGAUCAAGAACGUUCUCUCUAUGCCCAUUGUCAACAAGAAAGAGGAGAUUGUAGGGGUGGCAACCUUCUACAACAGGAAAGAUGGAAAGCCCUUCGAUGAUCAAGAUGAAGUCCUUAUGGAGUCUCUGACACAGUUCCUGGGGUGGUCAGUGCUGAACACAGACACCUAUGACAAGAUGAACAAGCUGGAGAACCGUAAGGACAUCGCCCAGGACAUGGUUCUGUACCAUGUGAGAUGUGACAAAGAUGAAAUCCAGGAAAUCCUGCCAACAAGGGAUCGCCUUGGAAAAGAACCUGCUGACUGUGAAGAGGAUGAGCUGGGGAAAAUCUUGAAGGAAGAACUUCCAGGGCCGACCAAGUUUGACAUCUAUGAGUUCCACUUCUCUGAUCUGGAGUGUACAGAGCUGGAGCUAGUCAAAUGUGGCAUCCAGAUGUACUAUGAGCUGGGUGUAGUCCGAAAGUUCCAGAUUCCCCAGGAGGUCUUGGUGCGCUUUCUAUUCUCUGUCAGCAAAGCCUAUCGAAGGAUCACCUACCACAACUGGCGCCACGGCUUCAAUGUAGCCCAGACCAUGUUUACCCUACUCAUGACAGGCAAACUGAAGAGCUAUUACACAGACCUAGAGGCCUUCGCCAUGGUUACAGCUGGCUUGUGCCACGACAUUGACCACCGUGGCACCAACAACCUGUACCAGAUGAAAUCGCAGAAUCCUCUAGCCAAGUUACAUGGCUCCUCAAUUCUGGAAAGGCACCACCUGGAAUUUGGGAAGUUUCUGUUGGCAGAGGAGAGCCUGAACAUCUACCAGAACCUGAACCGGCGGCAGCAUGAACAUGUGAUCCACCUCAUGGACAUUGCCAUCAUUGCCACUGACCUGGCUCUCUACUUCAAGAAGAGAACAAUGUUCCAGAAGAUUGUGGAUGAAUCUAAGAACUAUGAAGACAAGAAGAGCUGGGUUGAGUACUUAUCCUUAGAGACCACACGAAAGGAGAUAGUCAUGGCCAUGAUGAUGACUGCAUGUGACCUGUCUGCUAUCACCAAGCCCUGGGAAGUCCAGAGCAAGGUUGCUCUUCUGGUGGCUGCUGAGUUCUGGGAACAGGGGGACUUGGAGAGGACUGUCUUGGAUCAACAGCCCAUUCCCAUGAUGGACCGGAACAAAGCAGCUGAGCUCCCUAAGCUGCAAGUUGGCUUCAUCGACUUCGUAUGUACUUUUGUAUACAAGGAAUUUUCUCGAUUUCACGAAGAGAUCCUGCCCAUGUUUGACCGACUGCAAAAUAACAGAAAGGAGUGGAAAGCACUAGCUGAUGAGUAUGAGGCCAAAGUCAAGGCCCUGGAGGAAGAAAAGAAGAAGGAAGAAGACAGAGUCGCAGCCAAGAAAGUGGGCACAGAAGUUUGCAAUGGUGGUCCAGCACCCAAGUCCUCGACCUGCUGUAUCCUAUAAGCCCUGUUUCAUGGCUUUGGGUCCCUCCUGCCACUCACCCAAUGUAUGCGGACUCUGCCUAUAGCAAUUUGGUAUAAGACAUUAGGAACAGGAGAAAAAAAAAAAAGAUCGAAUGUAACUUUGGAUAUUUUGAAAUUUUAAAGGUGUUUUUACAAAUUAAAACCAACUAUGAAUAAGUUAAAUGGUGUGGCCCAUAAUAUUUAUCUGGUUUGAUAAGAUCCCACAGAGAUCUUUAUAAAGGAUCUGUGGAAUGUGUCUGGAAUGAGAGCUCUACUAUUGUACGUACGUAUUCAGUUCCAUCUGCUUCAGUAAAAACGUAUGCCCAGGAAAUCAGAACAACAUAGAAAAGAACUCACCAGGACCACACAUGCUGACAGCACUGGAGGGGCACAUCACAUUUGGCCUGUUGAGAAACUCUGCUUGCUGGGCCAAGGCUGUGAGCAGAGCUGAGAUCAAAUGCAAGUGGCCUGAAUGCUUGGGUGGGACCCUAAAGAAGGAAGCAGCCAGCAGCUUUGUUUGCUGUUGAUGCUGCAGCUGUACAGAGGAACCUGGAAGGUAAAGCAGGGGCAGUCCAAUGGGACAAGACUAACCUCUGAGAUGGGCACUAUCUGGCAAAGAACAAGCUUACGGGAAUCUCAAAGAAUCUGUCCUCCUGACAGGCCAGCACUAACUGGAUGGGGCCAUUCCUGGGAAGAGAAGACAUCCGGAAGUUUGCCUUUAACACUAUGGGGCAUGGGGGUGGCAAAUUUAACCCUCAGAGCCCCAGAUAGCGGGAUACCAUUGGGGGGAGGGUGGAAGGGGAAAGCAGCUCCUCAGCCUCUAAAACCAAAUAAACAGCUUUGAAGUAUGUA